CUCACUUUCCGGUUACCGUUCCAGCCAGCGGUGCCAAAGCAUUGUUGGGUCACCUGAAACUUGUAAUAAGAGCGAUGUCUACGAAGUAUAAACGAUUAUCUAUCCAAAGUCAUCGAGGUUUUCCACUACAUCUACCCGAAAACGUCGUCGUAGAAAUCCUCUUGCGGUUGCCGGUCAAAUCUUUGGUACGAUUCAGGUAUGUAAGUGAACGUUGGUGCUCCCUAAUCUCGGAUCCCCGAUUCGCUAAAUCGCAGUUCAGGCGAGCCUCUGAGCGCUCACAAAGACUUCUCAUAUCAUCCCGUUCUGGAAUUCGAUCCCUAGACUGUGAGGCGCCAUUUGAGGACAGUUCCACUCCCAGUGUACACGUCGUGCCUUUCCAGAAACGGGGUCGUUAUGUUAGCAUCAUUGGGUCUUGCAAUGGUCUGGUUUGUGUGUCUCUAUAUAGCCAUAGGGAUUUCUAUAUUUGGAAUCCUUCAACGGGAAAUUACAGGAAACUGCCCGAUCCUGGUAUUUCACUCCAUGGGCGCAAGUACUGGCAUGGCUUUGGAUAUGAUCCAUGCACUGAUGACUACAAGCUUCUCGUGGCCAAUUUCCGGAUGCCUCCUUCUCGGGGAAGUGAAGGCAAGGUUUUCUCUUUCAAAAGAUAUUCAUGGAAGAGGAUUCCUCGAGGUCUCGAAGAUCCCGGUUAUACGGAAGAUUCAGCAGGGAUCCUAUGCAAUGGUUCUCUGCAUUGGUAUCUUCAAUUGUUCCCCGAGCCACUUUCUGAACAGUGACGGUUCUAAAUCUCAAAGAUGACAUGUAUGGAAGAUCGUAGUUUUUGCAGUGCAUCCUGAGAGCGACUUGAAAUAGCAAAUUUCUGUUGGACAUGCACUAUUUUGCAGAAUUUGUUUCUGAACUACAAUGUAAUUAGGAUUUACAUUGUAAUGAAUGCUAUUCGGUCCAUUGUAUUUUCAGACUGAGUGGCUCUGACUUUCUCCUCGAUGAUAAUUACACAACUUUUGGCUU